AUGGAAGUGAGAAAAGUAGAAGAUGCAGCCAUGCUAAUUUCUCCGUCAGAAGAUACAUCUUUGCUAGCUAGGAAAGUUAAUUACGAACCUUUGAUCAAUGUUUCACCAAAGAUAAGUACCUUUCCAAUUGAAAAACUCUCUACGGUGUCAGAAAAUCCUAGAACCCAAGAAGCAUUGGUCAUACAAGAUUUGUUAAACGCGCUUAUUGGCAUCAGCGGCGUCUAUAUACGUUACAGUAACGACUAUGACCCUACCAAGGGUGAUGCAUUGAAAUUUAGAAUAGCCAAACACAUGGAUUCAUCGUUAAAAUCUUUUUGUAGAAGAAUAUUAAACUUAGGAACGUACUAUGUGGAAUUGAAGUACGCCAGUGAGCAGUGGUCAGAUCCCAUAUAUGGACUAGUUUUACAGAGAUUAGGUUUUGAAAUUAAGACUUUCUUAAAUAAUGUCUAUUUGAAAUUUGUAGUUGAUAAACUGGAAAAGGAGUUUUACGAUAACUCAAGUUUCUCCAUCAGAGAACUUAAACAACUCAUCACUGACAGUGAGGUUGGGAAGAAGCUAGGAAUUCUGUUUGCACUAUAUUUAGAGAUAAAAAAAGAAAUGGAAAAGAGAAGACAUAUAAAUCUCGAUAAAGCAGCUUUUGACAACCUAAUGUCGGAAUCAAGCAACGAUUUUUCAAUAUUUAUGAAUAAUGUGCCUUUACCAAUAGCGAAAGGGGGAAUCAUCUUACAAAUUUUGGAGGAAAUGAUAUCGAAAAAUCUAGGUGAUAGGUCAACUGUAACAUUUAUGAAAAGCUUAUUAAAUGCUAUCAGUGAGAGCUACUGUCAAAAUUUGCAUGAAUGGGUGACGCAAGGGGAGCUACGAGACCCGUACGACGAAUUUAUGAUAUGCAAUACGAUGAAAAGUUCAACAGGCAUCGAUGUCAAUCCAACUGAAUGCUACAGAAUAUGGCUAACACAAUAUAGUGUUCGUAGGGAUGGACUGCCCAAAAAAUUCUUAAUUAAUGCUGGUAAUCAUGACAACAAGCUACUUUCAAAAAUUUUAUUUACUGGGAAACUUCUCAAUUUGAUUAAGUUGAGUUUGCAAAUUACGAAAUUGCCAAUACCCACGGAUGAGCACAUUUUGUCUAUAAACUACUCUGAAUUGAUGGAAGGUACAAAUUUAGAACUUUAUGUCAACAAAUGGUACGACAGAGCCAACUCAAUUUGCAUGAAGUUGCUCUUUGAGGACUAUAAAGUCGAUAGGUUCAUAAUACUUCUACAGAAACAUUUAUUUGGCUACCGGAAUGGAAAUUUGAUAACCAAACUUUUGCAUAAUAAUAUCUAUGAUUUAACAAAAGCCAUGGGAAAGAGUGAAUCAAGUGAGGAAAAACUACAACAAAGUUUAGAAUUUUUAAGGAUAGAUUUUGCUGAAGAUGAUCUCAUUGGAAGAUUGCUGGUCUUACAACUGGAUGAGCGAUCCUUCGAUGAAUUCAUCCUGGACAACAUAAGAACGAGUAAAAAUGCUUCUAACAUGGUUCAAGAAACAGAGAGAACAAGUAAAUUAGAAGGGUUAUCAGCACUAAAGACUUACGUUUUAGAGGGUUUCAAGAAAAACGUAGAACCAACAAAUUCGGUGAAGAGUAAUAUCUACCAUCUAAACUUCGAUGUUGCAAUCCCAUACCCAAUAAAUGUUAUCAUAAACAGAGCACACAUAUACCAAUUUCAAAUCAUUUCAAGAUAUCUCAAUCUUUUACGCUAUCAUACAAUGGUCUUGGAUGAUACGUGGAUCGAAAUCAAUAAAAAUCCCAUUUGGAGACAUCCCGGUUUCAGUGACAUUGUAUACAAGGGUAUCAUCCAAAGAACCAGGAUACUACACAAUAAGAUGAACCAUUUUUUUAAGUGUAUAAUGGAAUAUUUCACAAAUGAUAUCAUUGACAAAGAAAUGUCCCAGAUAUUAAACAAUGUAACUUCCGUAAACGAUCUACAGACAAAGUUGAGUAGUGCGUUGACAAAUAUUUUGAAUGACUGCUGUCUCACACAGUUAAUCGAAAUGCAAUUACAGAUAUUUGACAUUACUUAUAAAUUCUGUAGAUUUAUCGCAUCAAUGCGAUACAAGCUUUGCAAAAUUGAUUAUAAUCUAUAUGAAAAAUACAUUGCCAGCAGGAAAUCUUCCUCGAAUGACGACAAUGCCGUGGAAGAAGAUGACGGAUACAAUGAAGAAGACGCUAUCAGAAAAGUGCCUGAGCUAAUUGGUUUUAUCAACACCGUCUCACUAAGUUUCCAUCAGCAUUAUGAUGCGUUCAUUGAAGGCUUAUUACACUCCUACAGUAACCAAGUCAAGGGCCACUUUAUUCUAAAUACAGACAGUGGAAGAUUACUGCAUUCUUUAGUCGGCAAUGAGCUGAAUGAGCUGCUGUCAUCGGUAGAUCAGUAG